GAUUGAUUAAAUGAACCGAGUGGAACAUGGCUGUACUCAAGGCGGAUGUUAUCAACAGCACUGAUGAAGCCCAUCCAGGAGUAUUGGGCCUCAGGCACUGGCAGUGCUUCAUGUGUUUCCUGGCCUUCGCGAUAGCCUAUACGAAUAGGGUGUGCAUAUCCCUCGCAGUUGUUGCAAUGGAGAAUGAAGAGGAGAGUAAAGGAGGACUGACAUCCGACAACGUCGGUAUAAUUCUGAGUUCAUUCUACUGGGGAUUCGCAGUAGUGCAGGUACCAGUGGGUCACCUCGCAAGAAUACGGAGUGCGAAGACAGUUUUAGGGAUUGGUAUGCUGAUAAGCGGAAUCGGUAGUAUUCUAUCUCCAAUUAUUUUCGAUAAUGGUCAUUGGAUGUAUUUCGUUGCAUGCAGAGUUGCUAUCGGACUUGGUCAAGCCGGACUUCUGCCUUGUACCCACACUCUGCUAUCCAAAUGGGUACCCCCGAACGAACGCGGACGUCUGGGCACUUUGACGUACGUCGGAGGACAAUUCGGCACUGUAAUCACAUACCCGAUAACCGGUGCUCUGAUCGACGCAGCUGAUUGGAGAAGUGUCUUCUACUUUUUUGGUACUGCUGCUGUCCUCUGGUCAUUCGUCAUUUUCUCCGCUGGUUCAGAUUCACCAGCUGCGUCAUCUGGGAAGUCGUGUUGCGGUAUCACCGAUGCCGAGAGAAAGUAUAUUGAGAGUGGUCUUGGAAUUUUUGGGGGAGAGGAAAACUCGAGGAAUUCUACACCUUGGAAGGCAAUAUUAACGAGUCCUCCCUUUUGGGCACUACUCGUAGCCCAUUGUGGGCAGAAUUGGGGAUUUUCCAUGCUGCUCACUGAAAUACCAAAUUACAUGGCUGGAGUGCUUGCAUUCGACAUAAAAAAAAAUGGCAUCAACUCAGCCCUACCAUAUUUAGCGCUGCUGAUCGUCACGUUCCCGGUGAGUUGGCUAUCAGAUUGGAGCGAGAAGAAAGGAGUGUCGCGAGGAGUAUCACGUAAAGUGUGCAAUAGUAUUGGCCACUGGGGACCUGGACUUGCGUUCGUUGGCAUCUGCUUUGUUUCACCUGGUGACACUACACUCCCAGUCGUCCUGUUGGUCCUCGCUGUUGCGCUGAAUAUAGGGGCUACCUGUGGAUUCCAGAUAAAUCAUAUGGAUUUGAGUCUCAAAUAUGCCGGACUACUUGCGUCAAUUACCAACUGUGCGGCGGCAGUUGUCUCUCUGCUGGUUCCUCUGGUCGUCGGAAGAAUCGUUACGGAACCGACAAAUGCAGCCCAGUGGGAGAUUGUCUUCUACAUGUCAGCGGGAAUUUACUUCCUCGCGAAUUUGAUUUUCAUUCUGUUUGGAAGUGGCGAGACUCAAUGGUGGAAUGACAGUGAACAUUCGUCGAACAUCAGUUGUGAAGAGGUCUUGAGGCGUCGAGCGUCUUCACUUGCUCCUGGUGAAGCCAUGGUUUUUUGAGAACAUAUAUCCUUUAGUAUUAUGCGCAAAAAAAAUAGUCCGCAAAAGUCCAGAUUAAUCAUCAAAAAUUUACUUAUUUUCUCCAAAUAAACAUCAUCCAAUUCACAUAAACCAUUUCUCUCAGUGUACUCGAAAUGCUUUCCCAUUUUUAGAAUUGCGAAGACAUCCUGUGGUCAGGAGGCAAAAGAAAUCUCGAUAAUUGAAAAAUAACUCCUCAAUUAU